AAUGAGAGAUAGAGAAAUAGUGUGAUAGAGAUCCUCAGCAGCUAGGUAUUGUCUCACUUAUAUUUAUAAUAGUAGGUCGGGAGUAUUGAACAAAUAUACAUAUGAGCCCGACCCAUUUAACCCUAACUCGUAAUUCAAAUGGGUAUCCAAGAAUUCAUAACACAUCAAAACAUUUUUUCAUGAUAAAGACAUAAACCCUUUUUUUACACCAGUUUAGGCACGCACACAAACCGCCCUUCACAGAAACAUUACAAUCCUUGCCGUAAAACUCCACUUCCACGCUAGUUAUGGUAGACAGGAUUAGCGAUUUGCCUGAUGAGGUUCUCUGUGACAUCCUCUCCUUUCUCCCAACUCAAGAAGCAGUUAAAACAAGUGUUCUUUCAAAGAGGUGGAGGCACCUAUGGACCUCAGUCCCCGCUCUCGACUUUGACGAUCAAACCUGCCUAAAAGAUGUCCCCAUUUCUUACUUUGAAAGGAUAGUGCACACAACCAUUCUCGCCAGAGAUGUUCACCAACCCAUUACAAGCUUCCGUCUCAAAUAUGAUGCUUCUAGUUAUGAUUAUAAACGUUCAGAUUAUAACCGUUCCAAUGCUGAUCUCAAUGUUUGGGUAAACACGGCUACACGAUGCGGGAUUCAGAACCUUGACAUCGAGAUAUUUCCUCUAAACUAUAUGAUACGUUUGAGAAGCUGCAUUUUAAGUUGUAAAACCCUUGUUGUUCUCAAGUUGUCAGGGUUGUCUUUGAAUGUCUCUUCUUCUGUUGAGCUUCCCUCCCUCAAAACGCUACAUUUGACAAAUGUUGAAUUUGUUGGACUUCAAUAUCUUAUAAAACUUAUUUCUGGGUGUCCAAUGCUUGAGGAUUUGGAAACAGUUUGGCUAGAUUAUGAUCUUGAAUAUGAUGGCUAUGUUUCGGAGGAAGGGUUUAAAUUGCCCAAUUUGGUCAGGGCAUAUAUACGUUCUGUUGAUAUGGUUGGUGCUAAUAUGCUUCUGAAAGCAGCAUGUAAUACUGAGUUUUUGAUCUUGAAACAGGUUCGAAUAUAUUGGAUUGGGAAUUCUUUUGUUUGUUGUUUGGUUUGGGAUAUAGAUAAUGUCACCUUUAUUUUUCAUAUUUUUCUUUGCAGUGUGGAGUUGAUGUGAUUCCUGA